AUGAAUCCAGUUCUUCUAAAAUCCUUAAAUACAGCUGUUGUUUUCUUUAUAUUAGCUGCAGCUGCAUUUACACAGCUCAUAAACACCACCGCAGUUCCAUAUACUUAUAUUUCAUCUGAGCUUUACACUUUUGGACUCGUACCUUUACUCUAUUUUUUGCUUAUGGUUUUUGCCAUUUAUCAAUGGUCUGCACAAGUAAACGACAUUAUUGUUGAUGGUAUUUCAUAUAAUUUCAUUAUCAUUGGAAUUCUUCAUGGCAGUUGGUAUCUAAUUUCGUUAAUUCAUCUUUAUCUCGUUGAGGCAAUUGUACAUACUACAUUUACCGUAAUUUUAAUAAUUACAUAUUAUAAACUCGAAUAUUAUUAUCCUCCUGAAGGAAUUUUCGAUAAUCUUUUAAUUCAUAAGGUAUUCUCAAUUUGGACUGCUUGGUCUCUAUACGGAUCAACUUUAGGUUUCUGGGUUGCUAUUUCAGCCCUUGAUAACCUUCCUCUGUCAAUUAUUGCUUUAAUUAUUUUCAUAUGUAUUGGUUGGUUCGUAGUAGAUUAUUAUCCAACUAUUAUUGGUUUUUUCGUAAUAGAUUAUUCUCCAAAAAGUGAUUUUAUUUUUUCUGCUGUUAUUGUUUGGUGUUUAAUUGGUAUUGCUGCUAGACAAGUUGAUGUACUUCCUAUAUUCGUGACUACAACAACAGGGAUUGGAUUGAUUUCUGGUGCUAUUCUUAAAUCAAUUGUCAAUUUUUUUUCUGAACAUAGAAGGG